AUGUCUAAGUAAGUCUUUGUUAAAUUUGUUCUGAAUAUCAUAAGUGAUUCUUUAACAGCGGAAUGUGAAUAUGAAGUAACUCAAUCGUUAAUAUAUUUUUUUGGAUUACUAGGAGCACUUAUACCAUUUUCAUAUGCAAUUGUACCUAAUUAUCAAACAUUUUUUGGAGAUGAAUUGCUAGUCUUAAUUGCAAAGUUGGUAAGACCAUAGUUAUUCUGGAAUAAUUAAGAAACAAUUUAAAGCCUGAUAAUAUAUAUCUGUUAUUUUGGAAGUUUUAUAGCAUUCAUAUAUAUUGUACUUUAAGGGAUUACUGCAUAACAGUUUAUUUGUUAGAAUUACAAAUAUAAAAUGAUUAGAAAAGUAGUGUUUUCAGUGAAUUAAAUAUUUGAUGUAUGGCUUUUUAAUGUUAUUAUCGAAGUAUUAUUAUUACAAUAAACAGCUUAAAAUUAUAUUGUCUCAACAUUUUACUGUUGUAUUUUAAUUUAUAGAAUAGCAUUUACAAAAGUUAGUAUAAUGUUUAAAUAUCAUACUUUCAACCAUUAGAAUUAGUCAUUUUAUUAUUUUGGUAUCCAAUUUUUAAAUAUAAUACAAAUUGUUUUAUUUGUACAAGGUUUCAGAAUCAAAUUUUUGUGUAUGCUCCAAAUUAUCCUAUCAAUAGUAAAUUGUAUUUUAAAUAUCGCAAACAUACUUAUACAUCUUCCAUAAACAAACUUAAAUCUCUUGAGAUUACAAUUACCCUCUUAUUUGAAUUCAUUAUUUUUAUGUUUAGGAGUUUUAAUUAUUAAAUUUUAUGAUAUAGACAAUCAAAAUUUGUAGAUGCUAUUCAUUAUCAUGUGGCCUCUUUGGAUAAAAAUUUCUUAAAGAAAAUUUGAAAAUUUGUUGAUAUUUUCUCUUGAUUUUGAAAAUUAUCAACAUAAAAUUAUCCAUAUUUUUUAUUAAAAUCAAGGAGAUCAUACUAAUAUUAAAGAAGUAUUUUAUAGAAGAAAUUUAAGCCAAAAAUUAUUCAAACUCAAUCAAUUAGAAUAGAAAAGCAUUAAAACAAAUAACUCAUCAGUUAUGGAAAAAAUCAAGAUUAAAGUAAUUUUUAAAUUUAUUUUAAGGAUCAACAAUAGUAAUUUUCCCUAUUACUACUUUUUGAAGAUUAUUACGGUGCAUAUGAAUAUAUUUAAAAAAAAAAAUAAUCAAAAUCAUUAAUUUAGCAAAUUAAAUUUAAUAUCUGCUCAUUAAAAUGUAAGAUUGAGUUAAAAUAAUAAAUGAACUUAUUUAGUCAAUCGAAAAAUAAUAAAUUCAUUAAUCUUGAUAUUCUAAAUUUUAUAAAGGUAGAAACUUAAAGCUAAGAAUUAAGUGAACAAUUAAUUAAUGAUUGUAUUUUAAAGAUAAAUUUUUUAUAACUUGUAAAUAAAAAUGAAAUUAAGAAAGCUAAAUUAAAAAAACAUGCUAAUUAUUGUAUAUAAAUUUUCGAAGAAAAUAUACAUUCGAUAGAACAGCUAUAUAAAAAAUUUCCUUUAAAAAGAUAUUAAAGAUUUCUAACUUUUGCAUAUGCUGAAUUAUGUAAUGAUUUUUUAUAAGCUAUAAGAGUAUUGAAUUAAACUUCAUUUAAUGAUGAAGCUAUUUAUACAAAAAUCUUAUCUCUAACUUUAGAUUUUUAUUCAAUCAAAACCAUUUAUUUAUUUACUAAUUUAGAAAAUAGAUAAAUUAUAAAACUUUCAUCAAAUUACUAAAAUGUUAUAAAAACAAAAAUUUCUCAUUUAUAAGAUAUUAUACCAAAAGGUAUACAAGAAUAUCAUGAAGAAAUGAUACUAAAUUUCCUAAGAACAGGAGAAUCCAACUUUUUUAAAGAAGUCACAUCUACUUUUUAUUAGUAAGAAGAUUUAAUAUAGCCAAUUACUAUUAUAAAUGAUGUUUUUAUUUAAAAUGAUCAAAUUAAUUCUAUUACAAUUGCGACUGUUCCGACUGAAGAUUCUAUUGCAUUAAUUGUAGAUUCUAAUCUUUAUAUUGUUGGGCUUACGAAAGGAUUUUUAGAUUAACUUGAAAUUAAUCAUGACUUAUGUAAAUACUUUUAUGGAAUAUAAAUAGAAUUAGUUAUUCCAUAAUUUACAAAUCUUUCUUUAAAUGAUCAAGUUUAAUAUUUAGAACUUAAAUUUUUAAGUGGAUUUUGGCUUUAAACAUAUAUAGAUUCUAUUUCUAAAAAUGUAAAUAGUAAAUAAUACUAAAUGAUAAUUAAUGAUUUUUGGAAUGAAAAAUCAAAAACGGAUGUUUAUAUAUCUCAUUGUCACAUAAUUAAAUCGAAAUAUGGAUUUUACAAAGUUAUAUUUAAUUACAUCAAAAACUAAAUAAAAAUUCCAUUGCGUAGUUAAUAGUUCAAAUCAUAUAUUUAGAUAGCAGUACAUGAUAAGGAUGAUAUGGAUGAAUAGAUAAAAAUAAUCUCUCCUUAUGAAUCAUAAGACUUUCUAAUGGAAAAAUAGGAUGCAUAUAAUAUUAAUAAAUCUGAAGUCCUUUUAUCUAGCAGAGAUCAUUAAACAUUAGCAUUAGUAGAUAUUGAUAAAGAUAUUGAAUUCCAACAAAGAAGAAGCAAUAAUCAAACAUUUAUAAGACCUUUUGCUCUCUAAAAUGUUUUUUAAAGCUAAUUAGAUUUGCCAGAAGAAGAGGACAAUUAAAGUUAUUCUAUAAAAGAAAAUAAUAAAAAAUAAUUUUACUCUGUUAAAAAUAUAUAAAAAUAUGGAAUUCUUGAAAAAGUUAGAUAAACCAAAAAUUCAAGUAAAUAUGAAAGGUUAUUUGUUAUAAUCUUAAUACUAAAUUAAGGUUUAUUUUUAAGUUAAAUUCUAUUAUCUAUCAUUAAUAGUCUUAAUACUUUAAAUUAAAAUAAUGUUGAUAUAGAUCUUCUUCAAAUAAAAUAUCAUUUAUUUUAACCAGUUGAAUCAUUUAUUGUAACAAGAUAUACAAUAAUAAAUUAUAAUGCUUAAUAUACAGAAAAAUCAAUAACAAAGAGUUAAUUAGAUAAAUAUUUAACAUUUCCGAAUUCAAAUUUAAAUUUAGGAUUUGAUGACGUUUAAUAGAAUUAAGCAGCAAUUUUAAAUAGAUUGACUUUAUAAGAUUUCUUAGCUGAAUAUUAUGAUUUUUACAUUUACAUAAAAACUGAUAUAGGAGAAUUGUAUAAUAUUACAAUGAGAUAAGCAUUAAGUAUUUUAAUCAAUUAUUAAUAUACUUUUAAAGCUGCCUAUAAAUAUGAUGGAAAAACUGUCUCUGAUUCACCUUAUAUUUUCUAUUCUUAUAGAAAUCUAUUAACUUUAUAUAAUGCUUUUGAUUUAUUAAAUCAAGAUUUAUAUCUCUAAACUAAUCUAAGAAUCUUAUUAGAUAUUUCUAAAGAAUUAACAUUAUUUUAUCCAUUUCUUAUUUUGCAAGUAUUAUUUUUGGCCUUAGAGAUUUAUUGCUAAUAUGAAAAUGAAUAAUACUUAAAUAAGUUUUUUCUUCUUCUUCUCUAUUGUGAUUCAUAAGUAAUUUUAUAAGAAUCAAAGCGUCUAACCAAAAUUGUUGAAUUAUAUCAAAUGAAUUCAGAAUAAAUUUUAUCUUAUUAAUUUAAAAUUGAAGUUAAAGAAGAUGAAAUAGCAGAUUAUAGAGAAAAAUCGAACAUCUCAUCUCUAAAAUCCUUUUAAAGAUAACGAACUACUAAAUAAACUAUUGGAAAUAGAUAUAUUAUACUUAUAUUUUAAACGUUUAUUCUUAUAUCUUUUGGGCUAUUAAAAUAUUUUGUAAUGCAAAAUUAUCUAAUUAAAUAUAAGCCAACUUGUGAAUUUUAUUUGUAAAUGUCUUAUCUUGGAACAAACAUUCCAACAAUAUAUGCUAUGAGAGAGGUUUUAUAUUAUAGAUGGAGAUACCCUUUUUAUAAAAAUGAAGAAUUAUCUUAAAUUUUAUUUCAGAUUGAAAAAAGUUUAGAACAAAUCUAAAAUAUUACUACCUAUUUGCAGUAGAUUUAAAUGUAAUUAUAAAUUUGAUUUAGGGAUUAAUACAUUUUAAGUUAAAAUUUCAAUUAAUAUUUAGAAGAGCUUAGUAAUAAUAAUUUAUGUGAAAUGAUAUCUUUAGAUUUAAUUGAAAGAAGCAAGGAUUUUUGUUUUUAGACUUUAGGAGGAAGUCUUUAAGGAGGUUUGCAAGGAGCUUUAGUUUUUAUAUAUUCAAGCAUAAAGAAUGAAAAAUAAAAAAAUUAAUUUCUCAACAAAACUGAAAACACCGUAAAUGAAUUAGAAGGAGUAUUUAUUAUAACUGAAAUAAUAAAACAAGCCAACUUAGCUUUUAAAGUUGAUUUCUUAUCGUAGGCUUAAUUAGUUUAAGAUAGUUUCAUAGUAACUAAAUAAUUAAAUUUAGAUUAUUUCGAUUAUUUAUUUGAUUUUCUUGAUGGCUACUGUAAUAAUAGUUUUCACUCUUAUUCAUCCUUAUUUAAAAAAACAACUUUACUAUUCAAGAAGAUACUUAUUCUUAAUUCCUUAAGUAAUUCUUUAUGGAGAUGAUGCUUUUGAAAGACAAAUGAAAUUAUUAAUGAAUAUUUAAUUUUGA